UUAUGGGGUCUUGAAAUCCGCACCCUUCCCACAAUGCAGUGGGCGGCCCGGCUCCGCGUAGACGUUGCAGCAUAUUAUGGGUUAGUAAUGGUGGGCGCGUGAUUUUGAACAAACAGCGUCGAUCUGAAGACCUGAAGUUCACCAGCUUCAUUUUCCGUCUCCAGUGUUCUUAGACUGUUUGUGAGAAGAGGACUACCUACUUUGUGAUUGCUGCCCAUGGAUGGAGGAACACCACAGGACUCAACACAACCUCCACCUGUGACCAAACCCAACAUGGAGGGUGUUAGCACGGGAGGUGGUAUAGACCUCGGACAGGAUGUGUUGGGUUCUCUGACAACAGAACAGGACUUACUGGCCCUGUCCACGGAGGCCCUGAUCAGUUCCGUAUCUGUGGACUCAGGACAGCUGCAGACAGACCCCAUGACACAGCUGUCAGCCGAACAGGUGUCCAGCAUCCUUGGGGAGCAGACGCAAGCCGUGGCAGACCUGCCCGACACCUCGUCCUUAGACACGGGGGUCGUCAGUCAGCAGGCCGACCUGCAGGUCACGCAGCAUGGAACGGUACAGCAGCCGCUCUUGGUGCAGUCCGCGAGCGCCGCCCAGCCUGUUGUAGCUCAGAGUAUAGGUCAGCUGGCGGUGUCCCAAGCCUUACAGACUGUGUCGGCAGUGGGGAUGGGGGGGAACACUGUGAUGCUUGCCCCAGCCUCAAGUAUGACCAUGACAGCACAGUCCUCCCAGCAGCCGGUACGCACAGUACAGGCAGUGUUAAAGAGACCAGCGUCAAGCACAGGACCGCCCGUCAUAACCAAGGUUAUCAUAACUAAGACUGCAUCUGGCCAUGCCAUUGCCACGACGACGGUGGUGACCACAGCCACGACUCCGCACCAGGUCGUGACUCAGGCAACGCUACAGUCUCCCACAAAAGUCCUGCCGGCGUCACCCAUCAGUAUGGCACCCGGUACCCCGGUCAAGGCCCAGCCUCCUCCUAAUAAAGUCCCCAUCUCUCCGCUCAAGACACCAACAAAGGUGACUGUGGUACCAAUAAGUAUGACCUCCCCUCCUAAGCGGAUAGCUCCUGCCCCGGUGGUGGCUACUACUGGAGCGGUGUCCGGCGGUGGUCCAGUAGUGGUCACCCUGUCCAAGGUUCUCCCCGGGACGACGACCCACAUCAUGUCCCCAACCAAACUGGCUAUCAGGCCAGGCACAAUGGUGACCACAGCCAAACCAGCGGGCGCACCUGUGCAGGUGCAGCAGCCGGUGCAGAGCAUCCGCCUGGCGACCCCGCCCAACGUGCAGCAGAUCCACGUGCCCGGCUCCAAGUUCCAGUACGUCCGACUGGUCACCACGACAACAGCAGCCCCCAGCCUAACCUCCAAUCCUUCAGUUAUGAGUAAGCCCAACAUGGUGACAGCUGGCCAGGUGAACAGGACGGUGGCCAUUGCACCUGCCACAACAUCUACAGCAGCUGUGCAGCCCAAACAGGUCAUACAGACCAUCCAGAUGAAACCUGCAAACGUUCCCAUAGCCCCGGCUCCGAUCCAGUCCAAGCCCCUUACAGGACAGGUGCCAGUGUCUGUAGCCAUGCCACAGCAGAGAAUCAUCAUGCCAGCAACCAGUUUUCAACAGAUACGCCCUAAUCAGCUGACGUCUGUGCCCAACAUAUCGCAGCUCCCGCCCGGCACCUUUCUUGUGUCUAACCAAGGAGCUAAUCAGCAAGGAGGAGGGGUACAGACUGCGUACGCCGUGGUUCCUGCACAGUACGUUCAACAGGUAUCACAGCAGCCCAGCACCACCACUAGCUAUGUCCCCAUCACAACAAACAACUUCCAAGCCACGACUGCCACACAGCCUCGUCAACAAGUCAACGGCACACUCAACACAGAGCAGGUUGGAACCAGGCCCCGUAAGCCAUGUAACUGCACCAAGUCACAAUGUCUGAAACUGUACUGUGACUGCUUCGCUAACGGGGAGUUUUGCAACAACUGCAACUGUAAUAACUGUUUUAACAACCUGGAGCAUGAGGCUGAGAGGGCAAAGUCAAUCAAGGCCUGUCUGGAGAGGAACCCGUAUGCAUUCCACCCCAAGAUUGGUAAGGGUAAGGAGGGGGAGGGGGACAGGAGGCACAACAAGGGCUGUAACUGCAAGAGAUCUGGCUGUCUGAAGAACUACUGCGAAUGUUAUGAAGCUAAAAUCAUGUGCAGCAGCAUUUGCAAGUGUGUGGGCUGCAAGAACUUUGAGGAGAGCCCAGAGCGCAAGACGCUGAUGCACCUGGCAGAUGCUGCGGAGGUCAGAGUUCAGCAGCAGACCGCGGCCAAGACCAAACUGUCAUCACAGAUACAGGACAUCCCCGCCAGACCGCCGGCAGUGAAUACUGCAGGGGAAAGGCUCCCCUUCUCCUUUGUGACCCGAGAUGUCGCGGAGGCCACGUGUUCGUGCUUGUUGGCACAAGCAGAGGAGGCGGAGAAGGCGAACUGCUCGCCUGCGAUAAUGGAGCGCAUGGUUCUAGAGGAGUUCGGCAGAUGUCUGCUUCAAAUCAUCCACUCUGCUGGGAAAACUAGAGCUCCUAACAAUCAAUGAAGCGCCACAGAGGAUUGAGCUCCGCCUAGCAGAUCACCUACAAACUGCAACAGUGUAUAUAAUCUACCAGGUCACAAUGAUCUGAUUUUACUUUCCAAGGGUGCCCUGUAAAUAAGAAAUUUCUUGUCAUGUGUAGCUAAAGCACUUAAAGGGAGGAAAAAGAAAGGAAGAAAUGUAGAAGACAGCAAUUUUCAUGUCACAUAUAUUAUUGAAUGUUGUAGCCAAGUGUUAAAUAGCAACUAUAUAUAGAUAGGUACUAUAGUUCGUUAUUUGUUUUAAUUCACUACUGUGUCACUCAAAAACAUUUUUCUUUUCUCACACAAAAGGGACCUAAAGCUUUGCUAUUUAUUUCUCUGAGCAAGUAACUGUUUUAUUUUUUUUGUAUCAUGAAAGUUGGUAUAAUAAUGCGUAUCGAUAUGUAGUAAAGUUUAGACUUUGUACAUUGAAAAUGUACCAUUGAAAUUAAUGGGACUGUUUAACUCUACUAAACAAUUUAUACUAGAGCAAAAUUGUCACAAAGUUUGGAGGUGGACCCAGAAAUAUGCAUAAAAGUCCUAUUGGACAAUCAUACCUCUUAUUGAUAAAUACUUGAUUUCAUUUUCUAAUAGAAGAAACAAUUGAAUUUCUGUUAACUUCCUUAGAUAUAACUCCAUACAUUCCACUACUUCUUCCUCAUAUUUAGUUCAAAAAUUUAUCAUAGACCGGAUAAGAAGAAGUGUUGAUAAAUAUUUUGUUUCACAUUACAGUUUGAACUAAUGGUACAAAUCUGAAAAUUGAGAGCAUGGCAGUAUUAGAUGGAAUAAAACUAGUAAAUCUACUAUUCUAUAUCUUUUGUAGGUACAGAUAUUAGUCAUAAUGUUACUACAUAAUGAAUUACAGACUUGAAUGUAUUUUUAUGUGUGUUUUGUUUGUAUGUUUGUAAUAAUCAAAAACAAAGGAUUGUUCUAGGUACACUGUUUAUAAAAUAUGUGUAUAUAUUUUUUUGUUAUUAAUGAAGAUAUUCCACCAUGUUGUUUGCAAGGAUUGUUUGUUGGAAUUGAAAAUGGAACUGACAGUAGGAAAGUUCUUAGAGUAUAAAGUUCAGUGGAUUACUCUUUCUGUGCUGUCACAAACAACAAAUACCAUUUGAUGUUUGCAUGUUGUUGUCUUUGGGGUUGAGCUCUAAGUCUUGUGACAAAAGUCUCGCCCAAUUUAGCAAAAAUGUCUCAGCCAUAUGCAUGUAUUUGCUUUGUAUGCUCUAAAUCGUAAAUUGUUCACUGUUGUUUAAUUCUGGCAAUUUUCACCUAGACCUCUCCAAAUAUGUCUCCAUUGCAUUACUGUUGUACCACAACAUUGUUUCAUCCUUGAACUUACAAUCAUUGCAAAAGCCUUCUUCCCAUCUCCUGCCUCAGAAUUAAGGCCCCUUGAAUGAAUUUACAGUAGGUAUUAGAUGCAUGGUUGGAACUGCAUGCCUUCCUGCUAACUACUCUGUGGUAUGCUGUGCCGUGUAUUCUUUGUUGGCUUAUAUUGCUGUCUAUGUCACAACAUUUGUAAUGUCCGCGAUUGUAUAUACAUGUCCCAAACAACAUUGUGUAAACUCAGAAAGGUCUACAAAUGCUUACAUGCCCAGAGCCACUGCCUUCUCAAAUCUAUCAAUUUCAAUUAGUGAAUUGGACAAAGCUAUGAAAUGAAUGACUUACAUGCAUAAAGCUAUGCCAAUGUAUUUUCCUGGUUUUGAAACAUUUUAAAGUGAAAAUUAAGCAAGAGGACAAAACGAAGACAUGUGGGAAGAAAACUUGAAUCUGUCUAUGUACAAACUGUGUGUACCUUUUCACUCAGGCUCAGUUUUCAUGUUAUCAACCUCCACAUUUUUAAGUAUGAAAACCAAGAAAUUCAUUGUUGAUGUCUAGCCUUGCAUUAAUUACAAUGUCUUGCUAGCUGAAGUACCAAGUGAGUGUUACAAACCACAGUAAUUCAAACAAAAUUUGGGUACUUUCGGGGGGAAGGGGAAUAAGGAUAUAGCAUCAUAGCAUAUCCUGUUUGACAAACUUAUUGUAAAGUCAAAAUGACUGUACAAAGGGAAUGGGUGGUAGUGACAAGUUACAAUGAUUACACAUUAUAAAUGCCUGUAGUCUAAAUAUUUGGAUCUUAAAAUAGUAAACUAACAAAUUCUGAUUGUAUACAACAUGUUUGAAAUGACCUGAAAACCAGGUAUUGAACUGUAUUAAAUAGUAUGUUUU